UUCCUCCCCCUUCCCCAAAGCACCCAAAGCUAUGCUCACCCAUCUCUCUUAACAUGCAUCCUUCUCUGCUUCCUCUGUUCCUCUUCCUCUUUACUUUUCCAGAAUUCAGUACUUCAUCAACAACCUUCACUUUUGUGAACAAGUGCAAGUACACAGUGUGGCCAGGCAUCCUCUCCGGCGCAAGUAGCUCACCAUUAGCCUCCACCGGCUUCGAGCUCGCCACUGGCGCCUCCCGCUCCUUCCAAGCCCCCAUCGGCUGGUCCGGCCGCUUCUGGGCCCGCACCGGCUGCUCCUUCGACGACUCCGGCAAGUUCUCCUGCACCACAGGCGAUUGCAACUCUGGCCAGGUGGAAUGCAGUGGCUCCGGCGCGACCCCACCUGCCACCCUUGCUGAGUUCACCCUCACCGGCCCCUCCGCCGUCAAGGACUUCUAUGAUGUGAGCCUUGUGGACGGGUACAAUCUUCCGAUGAUUGUGCAGAGCCAUGGCGGCUCUGGUGAUUGCGCUACGACUGGCUGUGUGGUUGAUCUUAAUCAACUUUGUCCGGCGGAGCUGAAGGCUGAUGGCGGCCAUGCUUGCAAUAGCGCUUGUGAAGCGUUUGCAAAGCCGGAGUUUUGCUGCAGUGAUGCUUACUCUAGUCCGGCGACUUGCAAGCCUUCCAGCUACUCCGAGAUCUUCAAGUCAGCUUGCCCUAAAUCUUAUAGUUAUGCCUAUGAUGAUGCUACCAGUACCUUCACUUGCUUGAAUGGAGAUUACACUAUCACCUUCUGCCCUGUUUUCACUCUCCCAAGGAUCAAACUAUUCUUCAGAGGUUAUGCAAAUGUCACAGAAUUGAUAUCAGAAAAUGAGUCUUGGCUUGCAAUAGCAGCAGCCAUGGGAGAUGCAAACACAUUCAGAAGUGUCCCAUUACUUUGGUUUGGUUUCUACAUGGUUCUCAUCACUUCAUGCUUCAUCCUGAAGUUUCUAUAAUAUUUCGCGUCGUCAAUUCUUUCUUUACCUUACCAAGGUUUUGCAGCUCUUGCUAAUGUUUCCUGUUUUCUAUCCAAGCUAAAAACAUGUGGUUAAAAUGAUUUGAUGAUCACAUUUCAGUGUCACCAUUAUUGCUUUUAUGAUGAUUAGGACUACUAGUUAUGAACUUUAUGCAAAAGCAACAAUGAAAUGGUGAGCUGUUCACUUGUCCAUUUUGCUAAGUUUUGAAGGUUUAAUAUACUGAAUGCUAUGAUCUCUUGGGUCCAUGUUACAUUUA